CACUUGUUUGUUCAUGGUGAUAAGUUAGGAUUCUAUGGAAGAAAUUAGACGAUAUUUGAAUAUUGGAUGCUGACGGUUCGGGCGCAUCUCAGAUGUAACUGAGUUGGACGGCCGACACUGAGAGGAUAUGAGGGACAUUGCCAUGAAGGAUAUAUAAUCAAUAUAUAUCGUCAUUCACAGAGAAGAGGAAGAUUUUAUACAGAUGAACUACAACUCUUGUUCCUAUAAAUUUCUCCAUGUGUAACUGAAAGUUAGUUCUUCUGAGUGAGACAUUCUUCUUCAUUGCAUAAAAUGUGUAUGAGAUGGUUUUGUAUUCUGCUUAAAUUUUGACUGAUUUACAAAGUAGUUUGCUACCGCUUGCUGAUAACAACAGAGAUAACAUUUGAAGUAAAAAAAAAUCUAAGAACAAUGGAUCUUUCUGAAGAAUUGCCAAAGGAGGUGAGAAGAUCAGCAUAUCGCUGUGAUAUCUGUCAACGAACAUUUUCUCUAAAAAGUAGACUUACCAACCAUAAAUGUGUACCCACAGAGGAGAAAACAUACAACUGUGAUACCUGUGGUAAAUCAUUCUCUCGACUGGAUCACUUAUGUACACACAAACGCUUACAUACAGGAGAAAGGCCAUAUACCUGUAAUAUCUGUGGUAAUUCAUUCUCUGUAGCAAGUCACCUAAACAGUCAUAAACGUACUCAUACAGGUGAAAAACCAUAUCAUUGUGAUAUCUGUGGUAAAUCAUUCUCUCAGACUAAUGGCUUAACUAGCCACAUACGUACUCAUACAGGUGAGAAACCAUAUCAGUGUAACAUUUGUGGGGAAUCUUUCUCUGAAAGGGGUAACUUGGCUAAACACAAAAAUAUUCAUACAGGUGAGAAGUCUUAUCAUUGUGACAUCUGUGGCAAAUCAUUCUUUCAAAAAGUACAUUUGAAUUCUCACAGACGUACUCAUACAGGUGAGAGACCGUAUCACUGUGACGUUUGCGGUACUUCAUUCAUUUAUGCUGAUACAUUAACUAAACACAAACGUACUCACACGGGAGAAAAGCCGUAUUGCUGUGAUACUUGCGGUAAAUCCUUCAUUGAAGGAGGUUCAUUAACUGUUCACAGACGUAUUCAUACAGGUGAGAAGCCAUAUCCAUGUGAUAUCUGCGGCAAAUCUUUCUCUCAGACUUAUGACUUAACACGACACAUACGUACUCAUACAGGUGAGAAACCAUAUCAGUGUAACAUUUGUGGUGAGUCAUUCUCCGAAAGGGGUAAUUUGGCUAAACACAAAAACAUUCAUACAGGUGAGAAGUCACAUCGCUGUGACAUCUGUGGCAAAUCAUUCUUUCAAAAAGUACAUUUAAAUUCUCACAGAGGUAUUCAUACAGGAGAGAAACCAUAUCACUGUGAUAUCUGUGGUAAAUCAUUCUCUCGAAAGGAUCACUUACGAACUCACAAACGCUUACAUACAGGAGAAAGGCCAUAUACCUGUAAUAUCUGUGGUAAUUCAUUCUCUGCAGCAAGUCACUUAAACAGUCACAAACGUACUCACACAGGUGAAAAACCACAUCACUGUGAUAUCUGUGGUAAAUCAUUCGCUCGAAGUGACAGCCUGACUUGCCAUAUUCGUGUUCAUACAGGAGAGAAGCCGUAUCAGUGUAAUACUUGUGGUGAGUCGUUCUCUGAAAGGGGCAAUUUGGCUAAACACAAUUAUAUUCAUACAGGAGAGAAAUCGUAUUGCUGUGAUGUCUGUGGAAAAUCCUUCUUUCAAAAAGUACACUUAAAUUCUCACGUACGUAUCCAUACAGGAGAGAAACCAUAUCACUGUGAUAUCUGUGGUGCAUCAUUCACUGCAACUGAUAAAGUAACUAAACACAAACGUACUCACACAGGAGAAAAGCCAUAUCCGUGUGAUAUCUGUGGUAAAUCAUUCAGUGUUGUUAGUAGAUUAACUAAACACAAACGUAUUCACACAGGAGAAAAGCCAUACAACUGUGAUAUCUGUGGUGAAUUAUUCUCUUACACAAGUCAGCUUAUAGUACACAGAAGACGCAUUCAUACAAGUGAGAAGCCAUAUCACUGUGAUAUCUGUGGUAAAUCAUUUAUUGAUGGAAGUUCACUAACUGUCCACAGGCGUAUACAUACAGGCGAAAAACCAUAUCCAUGUGAUAUCUGUGGAAUAUCGUUCUCUCAAAGACGUCAGUUAAUGGUGCAUAAAGGACGUAUUCACACAGGAGAGAAACCUUAUUACUGCAAUCACUGUGGUAGAUCAUUCACAAGUAGAAAGUCAUUAGCGGCUCAUAAACAGAGUCAUAAGGAUGAGAAAUGAUAUCACUGAUUAUCAUCAUCAUCAUCAUCGUUUAGCGUCCGCUUUCCAUGCUAGCAUGGGUU